GGGAGCCAACUGGAGCCGGUGGAAGGCAGGCGGUGGCUCCCGUUCUUCUGAGCACUAGAAGGAGUUUGACAAGCAGGGAACCUGUACUGUGUGACAUUACUGUGGGAGAUGUUCGCUAUUUUUUGAUUAUUAUAGUGAUUUGUUAAACCUUAAAGCGGAAGCGUACGGCUGCGUACGUUUUUUUUUUCUUUACUGAUGCUAAGUCCUCCAGGGAGAAGGAGAGAAGGGAGAACGACGGUUUAACGUCCCGUUUUUAGCUGACUUCCAGCCCGAACAACGACGCCUUUCACUCCCCUUCAUGUUGGGCAACCCGCCGCCAGCGCAGACCGAAUCAUGCUGCAGGCGUUUCUGAGGCACGUCCGCCGCUUCCCGUGGGUCACCAAUGUCACGCUGUACGGCUGCCUGUUCGCCGGCGGGGACCUGGUCCACCAGUGGUUCUCCGCCAGGGACCGAAUGGACUGGAGGCAGACGCGCAACGUCGCGGUGGUCGCCUUCACUUUCCACGGCAACUUCAAUUUCUUCUGGAUGCGCCUGCUGGAGCGCAGGUUCCCGGGCAACUCCGCCGGGAUGGUGAUGAGGAAGCUGUUCCUGGACCAGACGACGGCGGCGCCGCUGGCCACCAGCGUCUUCUACACGGGUGUCAGCUUUCUGGAGGGCAAAGAAGACAUCUUGGAGGACUGGAGGGAAAAGUUCCUGAACACGUAUAAGACCGGGCUGAUGUUCUGGCCCUUCAUGCAGUUUCUGAACUUCGCCUUGGUGCCCCUGUACGUGCGGACCACCUUCACCGGCUGCUGCGCCUUCGUCUGGGCCACCUUCCUCUGCUUCUCGCGUCAGACUGGCGACGGCACAGCCGGAGCCGCUCUGGCGUGGAUGUUCCCACCCAAAGACGACGCGGCCGAACAAGCCAAAGAGAAAGCGGAGCCGAAGCUCCAGGUAGAGCAAGCGGCAGCAUCCAGGAACGGGAAAUAGCAGAACUGGCAGCCGUUCUGCAGGGAAGAGGACAGAGGGUUAGAAACUGGUCUGAAAAAGACGCACGCUGGGUCCAGGGGACAGACGCUCAGAGCUGUCCUCUCACGUCUCAUGGCCUGGUUUUGCAAAAAGAAGCAAAAAAAACAAACAAUUACUGCCAGACUCAUGUGCUGAGUCCUCACUGAUGCUGCAAACCUCCACCAGCUCGUUGAAUGUCUUCAAACUGCAAAAGUGGUAAAACAUACCAGGUCAGAGACAAGUUCACAUCUUACUUAUCCUCAUAACACUUUUUAAAUUUUUUUUUUAUUUCAUCAGGUUGGCAUCCAUUAUUGUUCUGCUUUAACUCAACCAGGCGAGCGCUUUGCUCAGCUGAACAAAUGUUGAAAACAUUCGCGAGCACGUCUUCGGUUUCCCUCAGGCGUCGGG